AUGGCCCGUCAGAGCCAGAUCCGUCGGCGUUCCCCUCUCCUGGCCGCCCUGGCGACCGGCCUUGUGUGGGGAUCUUGCCAAUGGACUUUCGCCAGCCCAUCAGCCGGUGUUCAGCAUGAGAGCUCGACCGCCUUGACGAGAUCUUCUGGGGCAAGGACAGCUUGGGCGACGGGAAGCCUGCCCCGUGACCAUUCCUCCGUUACAACGGCAGCAGCAGCCGCGGCAGCCCCCAACUUCUUCAGCAAGGUUUUUGCUGCCGGUGCUCAGGGCGCCACAGCCGCAUUCGUGGCGGCAAUUCUCUCUGCCAUUUGCGAGCCGCUCGUGAACCGCCUGUUGGUGAAGCGAAUGACGAUCUCCGAGGCGUUGAAGGAGAUGAACUUCAAGCUCAUCUCCAACUUCUUCCUGACUACCUUCCCCACGAACAUGUUGAAGUUCCCUGUCUUCGAGAUCAUCAACAUGGCCAUGACCUUCACUGCCUUCAGCCCUGGCAUGAGCGGCACCAUUAGCGGAUUCCUGUUCUGCACUGCCAUGCUGCCAGUGACGAACUACCGCUUCCGCAAGAGCAUGGGAUGGGAGAUCAAGCCGGCACUGUUGUACCAGGCCUACGUGCCCACCGUUGUGCGCGACAUCCUGUACGGUUGGGCGCGUGGCUUCGUGGCGGUCGCCCUGUCAGCAGUGUGGAAGCCCCAGACAUUCGUGCAGGAGGCCUUCGUGUUCGCCUUCGUGAUCUGGGCAGCAUGCAUCAUCUCCUCGCCCUGCAACGAGUGGCGUGGAUACACUCUGCAGCCCAAGGACAAGAAGCUGUCCUUCGGUGAGUAUUUCAAGCCCAUCAACUAUGCUCGUUCCACGGGCAUCGGUGCAACCAUCAUGGGCAUUUCGCUCUUCGUUGGCCGCCUGGUCACCCCCUUCGCGGAGACCGCCUUCGCGUACCUGAAGGGACACCCCGUCGCCGGAGUGGCUGCCCUGGCCAUCCUGGUGGGAGGCUUCAAGCUGAUCGCCGGAGGGGAGGAGGAGGAGGAGAAGACCGAGGAGAAGGCCACCGAGGCGGCAAAGGCUGAUGACUAG